UGGUCACAUGGGCAGUCGGGCCGCUGCGUCAGUCACAGUCCUGGCUGCGGGAGUCGAGUCGCCGUCGCCGCCAGCGGACGGGGCGGGGAUCUUGGUGCCAGGUCCUCGUCAACCCGCCCCCGCAGCCUCAGACAGCCGUCCCGGGCUGGGCCCGACCGUCAUGGAGCGGGGCGGGACCUCCGCCUGUUCCGUGUGAGGCGCGUCGCUGCCACCGCCGCCUUGGCCUCUCCAGGCCUCCGAAACCCCCGCCGCGGCCCGGAGCCCCUUGCCCUUGGCCGCCUCUCGCCGCCCCCGGUCAGGCUCGAAUGCGCGUCCUGUGAAGGUGCAGGCCCGGCGCCGCCACUGCCGCAGCCAGGAGAUGGUUCGGGCCUAGCGGAGCCGGGACUGGAGCAACAUGAACCGUGAAGACCGGAAUGUGCUGCGUAUGAAAGAACGGGAAAGGCGGAAUCAGGAAAUUCAGCAGGGCGAAGACGCCUUCCCACCUAGCUCUCCUCUCUUUGCUGAGCCAUACAAAGUUACUAGCAAAGAAGAUAAGUUAUCGAGUCGUAUUCAAAGUAUGCUUGGAAACUACGAUGAAAUGAAGGAUUUCAUAGGAGACAGAGCUAUACCAAAACUUGUCGCAAUUCCCAAGCCUACAGUGCCACCAACAGCAGAUGAAAAAUCUAACCCAAAUUUCUUUGAACAGAGACAUGGAGGCUCUCAUCAGAGUAGUAAAUGGACUCCAGUAGGACCUGCACCCAGUACUUCUCAGUCUCAGAAACGGUCCUCAGGCUUACAGAGUGGACAUAGUAGCCAGCGGACCAGUGCAGGUGGAAGUAGCAGCAGUAAUAGUAGUAGCCAGAGACAUGACCGUGACUCAUAUAGCAGUAGUGGGAGUAGUAGUCGGAAAAAAGGCCAGCAUGGAUCAGAAUACUCCAAAACACGUUCUUCUAGCCCUGGAAAGCCCCAGGCUGUUUCUUCAUUAAGUUCCAGUCAUUCCAGGUCUCAUGGGAAUGAUCACCAUAGCAAGGAACAUCAGCGUUCCAAAUCACCUCGGGACCCUGAUGCAAACUGGGAUUCUCCUUCCCGUGUACCUUUUUCAAGUGGGCAGCACUCAAAUCAGUCUUUCCCACCUUCAUUGAUGUCAAAGUCUAGUUCAAUGUUACAGAAGCCCACUGCCUAUGUGCGGCCCAUGGACGGACAGGAGUCCAUGGAACCAAAGCUAUCCUCUGAACACUACAGCAGCCAGUCCCAUGGCAAUAGCAUGACUGAGCUGAAGCCCAGCAGCAAAGCACAUCUUACCAAGCUGAAAAUACCUUCCCAACCACUGGAUGCAUCAGCUUCUGGUGAUGUGAGCUGUGUAGAUGAAAUUCUAAAAGAGAUGACGCAUUCAUGGCCUCCCCCUCUAACGGCUAUUCAUACACCAUGCAAAACAGAACCUUCCAAAUUUCCUUUUCCAACCAAGGAAUCUCAGCAGUCCAAUUUUGGCUCUGGAGAACAAAAAAGAUACAAUCCUUCUAAAACUUCAAAUGGGCACCAGUCUAAAUCUAUGUUAAAAGAUGACUUAAAACUAAGCAGCAGUGAAGACAGUGAUGGGGAACAGGAUUGUGAUAAGACAAUGCCAAGGAGUACACCAGGAAGUAACUCUGAACCUUCACACCAUAAUAGUGAAGGAGCAGAUAACUCCAGGGAUGAUUCUAGUAGCCACAGUGGAUCUGAAAGCAGCUCUGGAUCUGAUUCGGAGAGUGAAAGUAGUUCCAGUGACAGUGAGGCAAAUGAGCCAUCCCAGAGUGCAUCUCCUGAGCCUGAACCACCACCAACAAACAAAUGGCAACUUGAUAAUUGGUUGAAUAAAGUGAACCCACAUAAAGUGUCACCAGCUUCUUCAGUGGAUAGUAACAUCCCAUCAUCUCAAGGCUACAAAAAGGAAGGCCGAGAGCAGGGUACUGGGAAUAGCUACACUGAUCCAGGUGGACCUAAAGAAACAAGUUCCACUACUCCUGGACGAGACUCCAAAACCAUCCAAAAGGGAUCAGAAAGUGGGCGUGGGAGGCAGAAAUCCCCUGCACAGAGUGACAGCACAACACAGAGGAGAACUGUAGGCAAAAAGCAACCCAAAAAGGCUGAGAAGACAGCUGUGGAUGAGCCUCGUGGAGGCCUAAAGAUAGAGAGCGAAACCCCUGUCGAUAUAGCUACCAGCAUGCCCCCCAGCAGACACAAAGCUGCCACCAAAGGCUCAAGGAAACCCAAUAUAAAGAAGGAGUCUAAGUCUUCCCCUCGACCUACAGCAGAGAAAAAGAAAUACAAAUCCACGAGUAAAUCUUCCCAGAAAUCAAGGGAAAUCAUAGAAACUGAUACCUCUUCUUCAGAUUCAGAUGAAAGUGAGAGCCUUCCUCCUUCCUCACAAACUCCUAAGUACCCAGAGAGCAAUAGGACUCCUGUUAAACCCUCCUCAGUGGAGGAAGAAGAUAGCUUUUUCCGGCAACGAAUGUUCUCUCCUAUGGAAGAGAAGGAACUUCUUUCCCCCCUCAGUGAGCCUGAUGAUAGGUAUCCUCUUAUUGUGAAGAUUGACCUGAAUCUCUUGACUAGAAUACCAGGAAAGCCUUACAAAGAAACAGAGCCACCCAAGGGGGAAAAGAAAAAUGUGCCAGAAAAGCACACAAGAGAAGCUCAGAAACAAGCCUCAGAAAAAGUUUCCAACAAAGGCAAGAGGAAGCAUAAGGUUUGUAAAGGGUUUUCAUUGUUAUUUUGUUUUGAAACACCUGAAUCUGAAAUCCUAUGGAAAUCUGAAGCAUUUCUUUGGUUUGGCAGGUCAUCUAAGCAGAGUACUACAAAAGAAAAGGAUUUGUUACCUUCUCCUGCUGGGCCUGUUCCUUCAAAAGAUCCCAAAACAGAACACAGCUCUCGGAAGAGAACUAUUAGUCAGUCUUCUUCCUUAAAGUCAAGCAAUAACAGCAACAAGGAGAAUAGUGGCAGCAGCAAAAACAGUUCCUCCACAUCCAAGCAGAAGAAGACUGAAGGGAAGACUUCUAGUAGUUCUAAGGAGGUUAAGGAAAAGGCUCCAAAUAGCUCCUCUAACUGUCCUCCAUCUGCACCGACUCUUGAUUCUUCUAAGCCUCGACGAACAAAGCUUACCUUUGAUGAUAGGAAUUAUUCAGCAGACCAUUACUUACAAGAAGCAAAGAAGCUAAAGCACAAUGCAGACGCAUUGUCUGAUAGGUUUGAGAAAGCUGUAUACUAUCUUGAUGCUGUGGUAUCUUUCAUUGAAUGUGGGAAUGCAUUAGAGAAAAGUGCUCAGGAAUCCAAAUCCCCAUUCCUUAUGUAUUCAGAGACAGUGGACCUCAUCAAAUACACAAUGAAGCUAAAGAAUUACUUGGCACCAGAUGCUACAGCUGCAGAUAAAAGACUCACAGUACUUUGCCUGCGAUGCCAGUCUUUGCUAUACCUGAGGCUGUUCAAACUGAAGAAGGAAAAUGCUUUGAAGUACUCAAAGACACUGACGGAGCACCUGAAGAAUUCUUACAAUAAUUCUCAAGCACCAUCACCUGGCUUGGGAAGCAAAGCUGUUGGGAUGCCUUCUCCUGUUUCUCCAAAGCUUUCACCAGGCAAUUCAGGAAAUCAUUCUUCUGGAGCCACUAGUGCUUCAGCAAGUGGUUCUUCAGUAACCAUUCCACAGAGGAUCCACCACAUGGCAGCCAGCUAUGUUCAAGUUACAUCCAACUUCCUCUAUGCCACCGAAAUUUGGGACCAAGCUGAACAGCUUUCCAAAGAGCAAAAAGAAUUCUUUGCUGAACUGGAUAAAGUAAUGGGUCCUCUCAUCUUUAAUGCAAGCAUCAUGACAGAUCUAGUUCGUUAUACCCGGCAGGGACUGCACUGGCUUCGCCAGGAUGCCAAGUUGAUAUCUUGAACUGAACACAUUCUCGUUGCCUCUGAUUUUCUCCACAACACUGUGUCACAUCACAAAGGAAAACUGCCAUACCACGCCACCUAGUCGACACUAAGAAUAAGGAAUGGUUUUCUCCUCCUUGGUUCAUGUGUUGUUUUUAUAACCCAACACCGUCAUGUCAAUUGGCCCCUUUAAUAUUCCCAAUGUGAAAAAUUAUUUAAAAGCUUUUAAAUCUGCAGCACAUUGAUAAGAUGGUUUCAGUGAUCUCUAAUAAGAUUGAAUUCCAGUUGCAAUUCAUAACUAAUCAGUUGAAAUUCUAUUUAUUUUAAUUUUUAAAGUUCCCAGAUUGGGGCUAGUUUAAAACUUAGUUGUUUCUGUCUGUAAAUUUACUUUGUUGAAUAUUUAGCAUAAAUUUAAUGUAGACAUUUUUAUUUAUAUACUUUGGGAGGUUUGUUACCUAAUAAUGUCUUUAUGGUAGCUCUUCUAAGAGUAAGAAUUGGUUCACCUAAAAUAAGGACAUCUUUCUAUACCUACUACCUGAUGUUAUUAUUUGAAAUCUUAACUACAGUUUUCUUAUUGUAGACUUUAUGGUAUUAAGGAUAUUCUUCUACAUAUGAAAAAUCACUUAUAUAUGUGAGAAGAUGGCAUUCUACGUGGAUGUAAGAUGAAAUGUGUCUGAUUUGGUAUGCAUUAUUUCAUAAACUGUGAAUGUGUGUUAAUAACACUACAGCAAUCACAAGGUGACUAUUCCUUGCAUUUAAUGCAUUACAAAAGAGGGCAGGCAAACUUUGUAGAAGAUGCAUAUCAUGUUGAAGUUUCAUAAAAGGACAAUCUUGAACUUUGUGGAUUUUAUUAAAACCAUGUUUUGUUUUUAAGAGAUGGGAUCUCGCUGUGUUGCCCAGGCUGA